AAGAUGCUGCGUCAAGCUUUCGGGGUUAGACAAGGCAGGACUCUCCAACGAGUUACACGUUUCACACAGAAUGUCUCUCCAUUUUGCAUGUCCAAAACCCGCACCUUCCAGACAACAACGUGUUUGCUUCAUGACGGUGGUAAUGACACCGGCUCUGUCCCUCAAUCUACCACAUCUCUCGAUGACAAACUCGACUACUUUAACAAAGAGUUGACCGCGAUGAAGUCAGAAAUGAAACGCUUCGCUGAAAGCCUUGACACAAAGGAGUCGAUUUCAAAUUUGAAACUGGCACGCCUUGAAUCAGAGAUGAUGCACCUCAACAAAAAUCUUACUACCCAGAUGACCAGUUUCUGUGAAAAAAUCUCUGCGAAGAUAAGCGUCCUUGAUGCGAACAUGGAGUCGAGAUUGGACAAGUUUGAGAGUAGGUUUUUGUUUCGAAUCGUCUUCGUUGCAGUCAGUGUAGCUGUUGCAGUGGGUGGUACCGUCGCUGCCACUCUCCUACGAUCCCUAAAUUCUACGACCCAGACUCCUACGACCCAGGCCCCUCAAGACAAACAUGUUUAAAGCAAGAGAGCUUACGGAGUAUUGCGAAUACUAUUACGUGCACAGCGAUGAGUAGACCGGGCAGAGAGAACAUGUUACUUGAUUAGGCGCAGUCAUGGGGAUGGCUGGUGGUUACAAUGGGGCAGUCGUUAUUCAUAGCGAUGGCGUGUGUAUGGC